AUGUCCAACGACAUCACCGUCACUUUUCUUGGCACGACCAGCGGUGGCGGGCCCACUGAGACGCGCAAUUGUUCCAGCCUUGUGUUAGAUCCCCUCUCAGACGGCUCGCUAUGGAUGGUCGACUGCGCCGAGGGCACCGCCCGUCAAGUGGCGACGCAGCCAUGGCACGAUUCAAGGAGAAUCAAGUUGACAAGGCUCACAAAGAUUUUCAUCACUCAUAUGCAUGCGGACCAUACGAUGGGUCUCCUGCCCCUGCUGCGUAACGUCCUCGGCAUUCCACGGCUACGACCUCCAUUCCGUGAGCCAGACGACCCGCCACGCGUUGAAGUCUAUGGUCCGCGUGGUUUGCGGCGGCUUUUACGCACACUAUGCGCUGCAACGAACACGAACACGGACACGCGGUACGCGGUACAUGAGCUAUUGUUUCCCGGGGAGGAGCCGGACGUUAAUGCGCCCGAAUCCUCGUUGACCUCUGGACCCCCUGCGAAGAAUUCGGUAGGGUGGAACGAACAUGUUGAAUGCGAGGCGCCUGGGUUCAAUUUCGCGUGCGACGCGGACGGGUUUUGGCGUGGGAUCGUGGACACCCCGAUCGCUGGGUCGCACGGACGGAGAAGACUGGUGGUCGAUGCAGGUCCAAUAGAACAUCGAGAUCCAUGCCUAGGCUUCGUAUUCCGCGAGGUCGUGGACCCAGACGUGCCCAGUGAACGCGAGCGCCCUCCGCGCACCCUUGUAAUCCUAGGAGACACCUAUGAUGCCUCCGGGAUCCUUCCACUGCUUUCCUCGCCCUCACGACCCCUCGACAUGCGUUUCCCCUCUUCCGACCCCUUAUUGACUGAUGCUACUCCACCGAUGCCUGCGCGCAUUACGUUGCUCAUCCACGAAGCGACGGACGCUUGCAUCCCGCGAUCGAUUGACACGCAGGAGCGUACGGGGCGGAACCGCACACCGCAGAGCGUCACAGAAACGGCGGUGGCGAGGGGCCACAGCACUCCGGCAAUGGCUGGCGCGUUUGCUCGCGCGUGCGGCGCGGAGCGGUUGGUGCUGAACCACAUCGGGGCACGAUUUCCAGCACCACGCGGGCCGGAAGACACGUUUCGCGUGAUGUGCAUGGCGGAGAUCGAGCGGCAGGCUGCUACAACGUGGGCGCCGCCCCCUGGCGGUUUCGUGCAGGCAGCGUACGACUUCAUGCGCGUCACCAUCCCGCCGUACCCAAGCCCCGUGGAACUUGAGAUGGAGGGGCUGAUAGUGCAGGAAGUGGAGGCUUUUAAGGAAGUGAACCAGCUCAAUAAGAGUCAGAACAAAGUCGAUGCUCGGGAUGCUGGCCCUCCGCCUCCUACGGGGCCGCGCGCAGGGGCAUACCUGAGCACGGAUGCAAAUCUGAACCGAAAAAGAGAACGCGUUUUGAGCGAGAGGGCUCACGGUGCAAGCGAUAUAGGCCGCGAUGCGAAGAGGAAUAUGAGUACGUAUGCAGGUUCUAGUGCCUACGCGGCUAGGGAUCAGGCGUACUACGAGAAUGGCCGGGCACGCGAGGACCGUGGCGCACGUUACGAGCGAGAAGACCGGAGGGAUAAUGGGGGGCGCCGUGGGGGACACUGGCGGGAACCGCGAGAAGAGUAUCGUCCCAGGCGGAGGGACUAA